AUGGCGCUGCUGCUGGCGCUCCUGAUGGCCCUGCUGACAUCCCGGGCGGGCCGCGGGGGCGCCGCGCCCAUCGCGCCCAACGGCACGCUGGAGGCCGAGCUGGAGCUCCGCUGGGACAGCUGGGUGGCGCGCUCGCUUGCGCGGCUGCCCGCGGCCGCGCGGCCCAAGGAAGCGACCGUGCAGAGUGGCGCCGGCGACUACCUGCUGGGUAUCAAGCGGCUGAGGCGACUCUACUGCAACGUGGGCAUCGGCUUCCACCUCCAGGUGCUGCCCGACGGCCGCAUCGGCGGCGUGCACGCCGACACGGGCGACAGUCUGCUGGAACUCUCGCCGGUGGAGCGGGGCGUCGUGAGCAUCUUUGGCGUCUCCAGCCGGUUCUUUGUGGCCAUGAACAGCAAGGGCAAGCUCUAUGGGUCGCCUUUCUUCACCGAGGAAUGCAUGUUCAAAGAAACCCUGCUCCCCAAUAACUACAACGCCUACGAGUCCUACAAGUCCCCCGGCAUGUUCAUCGCCCUGAGUAAGAACGGGAAGACCAAGAAGGGGAACCGGGUGUCACCCACCAUGAAGGUCACCCACUUCCUCCCCCGGCUGUGA